UUUGUGUUUUUUUUUUUUUUUGCUUUUUUUUGAGAUAAGGUCUCAGUUUCUCUUCUCUUCUCUUCUCUUCUCUUCUCUCUCUCUCUCUGUCCCCUCCCCCUUUUUCUCCCCCCUCUCUCUUUCCCUCUCCAUAGUCCUAGCUGUCCUGGAAUUCCCUCUGUAGACCAGGUCAGCCUCGAACUCACAGAGAUCUGCCUGCCUUUGCCUCCCGAGUGCUGGGUUUAACCCACCACCCACCAGAGGUAGUGGGAAAAAAAGGAUAUGGGGAAAGAAGGCUAGGCUGACUCCAUGACAGGCUACAAACGGGCUGUUCAGGAGACUAGGCCUAAAUCUCUGUUUCUAAGAACUGGAUAAGUCCAGGCAAAUCCAGGCCUCAGAAGCUGACCUGCCACCUGGCCUGAGGCAAGGGCGAUGGGUCUGCAGCAGUUUCCAGACUUCCUCAGCUACUUCCUCAGCACCAGUUUCCAGCCUCCCAAGCCCCAGCAAUGGUUCUGGAAUGUCCCUAGAGAUAGAACCAAGAUUAAGAUAGAGGUCAUGUACCCCUUCCCGGAAUUCCCCUAAUGUGCUAUAAAUCAGGCCUGCAAGUUCACUUUGGGGUCUCUCCUCCAUCUUUGUAGAUGGUAGACCCAGCAUGUUGGACUUCUGCAGAAUAAAACACUCUCUGUGUUUAUAUACUAUUUGAGUCUUCGGCAAAUCAUGGGCCUUUUCAGGUUGAAGUGGACGUGUUCAGAAAUGGUUCUUUGGAGCAGGUCCCAUCUGUGUUGUCUGGAAAUCAGCAGGUCAGUUCACAGGUCAGCAGCGUCAGCUCGAUCCACUCGCAAACACUUCAUGGAUACACCAGCAGUCCAGUUGGGUAGAGUCGGGAAUCAGGUAGAAUCAUGAAUCAGCAGUGGCACUACCCAGCAGGGACAGCCAGGCACGAGUCAGCAGGAGGGACCAGGAGGACACCAGGAGAAGUUCUCGGCUGUGCCUCUCUCUCAGCGAAGCGAAGAUCAGCGACGAUCCUGGCACAGCUGGCUCUAUAAGUGAGCUUAGCUCAGCCCCAUUCACUGUCCAUUGGAUCCUUUUUAUACUGUCUCCAAGCAUCAUGGGUCAGCCGUGGAUCUUGUCUGUCUUGGCUGACAUCACCCUGCCAAUCACCCUGAGUCUGAGGAAGCAUCAAGAAACUGCAGUUUACUACCAGAAAGGUUUUUGUUCUGUUUUGCUUUGUUUUGUUUUGUUUUUUUGGUGAGUUUCUCUUUAUAGAGUCCCAACAAAUGGAGCUCACCUAAGAAAUGUAAGUGGCCUGAUAUGCGUGUGGCUACUGAAGACUCUUCUGUCACCUGUCCUGUUAUUUGCUUGCUUUUUCAGAGAACAUCCUUUCACUUUAUGUUUGCUUCAGGAAACGUUCCUUCCUGAGACCGCAUUAGCCUUUCACCUGCAUCUGCUUCAGGAAAACACCCCUUCACAUGUUCGCCCUGGCAGAACUCCAGCACAACUGACUUUCCAAAGAACCCUUAAGUUUCCAUCUCACUCCUCCACAAAUGUGCAAGGGUUUGGAAUUCUCGUAUCUUCGAAGCAAAAGUUUGCUACUCACAAGGCUUACCUGGAGUCCUUUCUUGGGCAGAUAGACUUCAUAUCUCUGAAUCUGGGGUUUAUAAUAUGUAGUGAUUCCAUUGGCUCCCACUGCUAACCUUUAUAAACGGCAUCAUUUCACACACACACACACACACACACACACACACACACACACACACACACACCAUUAAAAAGAUCAUGAAAUACUUUUUAAUUUUGUAAAAAGCCUUGCCAACGUAUUUACACCCCCCAACUCUUAACAUUAUGAACUGUUUGGAAGUUACUUUACUCAGUCUGAGAAAGAGAUGCUGAGUCAGAAAAGAGAGAACGCUUAAAACAUGGUUUUGAAACUAUCUGAAAACUGGAAGUAACGGGUAGCAAAGGGGCCACGAGGCCGAGCUAGCUUAUGGUUUAAUAAUACGACCCCAGCCUUUUAUUUUCCCAGGUUCUACGGUUCCAGGAUUUUAGACAUUGUCCCUGAAAACACUUUCGGAUGCACUGUGGGAGCCUUUGUCAUCUCUGUUGGUGCCAGAGACCUUCUGUUUUUUGGGUUUUUUUUUUUUUUUUCUUUUUUUUUUCCGGAGCUGGGGACCGAACCCAGGGCCUUGUGCUUGCUAGGCAAGCGCUCUAACCACUGAGCUAAAUCCCCAACCCCCCAGAGACCUUCUGACAUAGAUGCUGCAUGCAUAUCCCUCCAUCCUGCAGGCCUGACUCCUGCUUAUGUUUGAAUUUCCCACCUCAGGCAUCAGGAGGUCUGGUGGAAUGGAGGCACCUAGGCUAAAUCCCUAUGGCCCGGCAGUCUAGGAUCCGUGGCAGGGCUCAGUGCAUACAGUUUUUAAAGAGAUUUAUUUAUUUAUUUUAUGUACAUGAGUACACUGUAGCUGUCUUCAGACACACCAGAAGAGGGCGUUGGAUCCCAUUACAGAUGGUCGUGAGCCACCAUGUGGUUGCUGGGAUUUGGACUCAGGACCCCUGGAAGAGCAGUCAGUGCUCUUAAUCACUGAGCUAUCUCUCUAUAAUAAUUAAAAUAAUUUUUAAUUAUUUGUUUAAGGGCAGGGACCCAUCCUAUAGUUGUGUGAGGAUACCUUUCCACCUGCGCCCCUGUUUUUACCUUUAAGUGUGGGUCCAUCUGACAGAUGAAAUGAGAUGUCACAGUUGCUAUAACAUGUGUUUCUUUGACUUUACUGAAGUUAAAUACUGUGAGCCAGAUAUGGUAGGACAGACCUUGCAAUCCCAGCCGUUGGGAGACUGAGGCAGAAGGAUCAUAAAUCUUAGGCCAGUGGAGGGUACAUGGCAGAUCUGUAUUAAAAAAGUUCGCCCGCUAGCAUUUAUAAUUAUUGCCUCCCCUUUUUGUUACAGAACCUCAUGUACCCUCAACCUCCUUGUGUUGUCAAGAAUGACCUUUAACCUCUGAUCUUUCUGCCUUCACUGCUAGACUGCUGGGCUUAUAGGCACCCAGUUUCAUUCAUAUAUGUAUAAUGGACAUAUUUACAUUUUUUAUCUUUUACAAUCCCUGAUAUGGCAUACAGAUUCUAAAUUGUUAUACAAAUAUGUCAGUGUGCAAACUCAAUCUUUUUGAUUUAUUUACUUAACCAAAACCCUGUACUACAUAAUCUGACUCCAUUUUAGAUUCCUUACCAAUAUUAAUUCAUUUAAUUGUUGUGACAACUCAAUGAAAGGCUGCUGUAGAUUGGAUGCUGGACCUCCCCCAAAGGCUUGUGUAUUAAAGCUUGAUCUCCUGAGGGUGGUCGUGCUAUUGGGUGGUGGUGGAGCCUUUAUGAUGUUGAGCCCAGUGGGAGUCUUUGGGUCACUGGAGGUAUGCCUCUGUGAGGAUUGAGGGGCCGUGAGACCUUUCAUUUUCUGUUUAGCUUCCAGUCACGAGAUGGUAACUUUGUCCUUGCAGCUAUACCUGCCGUGAUGUGCUACCUCACCAAAGGCCCAAAGCAGCAGGGCCACCGAUGGAUAGGACCUCCAAAAAAAGAGGCCCCAAAAAUGCAUGUUUUCUCUUUAUAAGGUAAUCAUGUCAGGCAUUCUGAAAUAAUGAUCCAAAGCUAGCUGAUGUAACUAGUUAUUAUCUCAUUUCCCCUUUAAAAUUACUACUACUACUACUACUAAUAAUAGUUCAUACCAAUUAUUUAUAGUUCUUUAUUAUUUAUAAACUUAUAAAUGAUAUUUAUAUAAUACAUAGCAAUUAUUAUGUGUAUGCGUGACCUGUAUCAAGAGCAUGCAUGUGUGUGUCUGUGUGUGAUGUGUGUGGUGGUCAGAGGGCAACACCUAGUUCUUUUCUACCCCCGUGUGCUCCAAAGAUCUGCCUGUGGUUGAUUGCCUUGCUUACUUGCUAAGCUUUCACCAGGAGUCAUCUCGUCAACCUCCGCCCACCCUCCGUUCCUCCAUUUUUAAGAUAAGGAAACUAGAUAGAGGGAAAGAAGUUAUGUUCCUUGCCUGGGGUUAUCUAGCUGGUACGUCCUAGCAUGUGUCUGCUUGGCUGUACUAUUCCGGUCUUGGCAUUGUGCUUGGUAUGUUUAUACAUUUAUUGUUGCUUCGCAUAUGCUUGCCAGUGAGCUGGAGGGAUGGCUCAGUAGUUAGGAGCACUGGCUGCCCUUGAGAACUUGGGGUUUUGUUCUCAGCACUCUCUGAGGGCUCAGAACCACCUGUGACCCCACCUUCUGGCCUCUAAAGGUACCAAGCACUCAUGUGGUCUGCAGACACACAGGCAGGCAUGACACCUGUGCACAUAAAAUAAUACACAAACUUUAAGAUGCCCUCCUGUCCUGGAUGACCAGUGCCACGUGUAUUUUUCCCGGGCUGUCAUUCAGGACCUCGUCACUCAGCGAUGGGCGUGGAGUUGAUAGGUGUUGAAAGCAAAUCCUUGUUGACUGAAUGAGUUGCCUGAGCCCUAGUCUAGACCAUCAUCAGUUUACGGUUUUGUUUAUGGUUACGGAGGAACUGAGAGACUGUAUACUUCUAUUUUGCCUCUAGCAGGUGACUUCAUAGGCUCAGGGUUGGCAGGGGAGCCUGAAUUAAUGAAUCUCACCCCACCCAUCACUGGUACUUUCCUUACCCUCCCCACUCCGGAGUCACCUUCUUGCCUACUCCCUGCUGAAGAAAUACCAAGAAGCCUUUCCCAGGCUCCACCCUUGAGGACUGGCCUGGUAAACACAGGAGGGAAUGCACAGAGGUUGUCAAAUGGUGACCAAGUCUUCCACUUCACUGAGGAACUUCUGGGUCUUCCAGCCGAGGGUCUCUUUCUUCUCCACAGAAGGGGAAAAGUGAGGUUUGUUAUUGUUAUCUUGGCCAUCACAAAUAGCGUCCUUGUGUGUUGUGGUCAAGCUGUGACUAAGGGAUUGUCUUUGCCUGUACCUGCUCCUCCUCCUCCUAGGACACACCCUCUUGGGCUUUUGGUGACCUUUAUACCCCACCCUCCCAGACCGAUUGAUUCUUCUGGAAUCCAGUGGCCCUCAAAGUAUGGUUGUCAGGCCUGCAGUGCAUUUUAGGGAUUCGAAGUCUCAGGUCAAGCCUCGGCCUCUGGAACCAGAAAUUAUGGGUGUGGGGACCAUUGGUAGCAUUUAAAUUAGCCUUCCAGGUAAUUCUGAGGCACAUUUAGAUAACCGGAACACUGUGGUAGAAAGCUUAGAACUCUACAGAUGUAAAUGCAAGCAUAAAAGAAGUACAUUAUCAGGAAAGAAAAAAAAAACCAACUUCUUCUCAGGGAGAGUCACUAACAGUAUUUUCACCUCAGUUUAAAAAAGCGACCUACUUAUUUCAUGUGCGUGCGUGUGCGUGUGUGUGUGUGUGUGUGUGUGUGUGUGUGUGUGUUUGAGUGUAUGUAUGCAUGUAUAUCGUGUGUGCAGGUGCCCAAGGAGGCCAGAAUGGGGGAUUGUAUCCCAUGGAGCUAGAGGUACAAGCGGUUAUGGACUGCCUGAUGAGGCAGAAACCGAACUUGAGUUCACCACAGAGCAGCAAGUGCUCUUAGCUCCCCUAUAUCUGUCCCUCUUCCUAAAUUUGUUAAAAGAAAAAUUCACAAACUUGUCUUCGUUUCCGUUGUUUGCUUCUGGUACUGAGGCGGGAACCCAGGGCUGCGUGUCUGUGAGCUAACAGGUGCUGCAACACUGAAGCUCUCUCAGCUCCGACAGUCUUUCCUGUGAACGGUAGCCAUGCCGUCUGAGCUGUCCAGAAAUUCCCGCCGUAUCCAAAUCGCACUCAUCUUUCGAGUCCUAUUUCUCUGACAGUGUGACUUGAGGGUUGUGUAAAUACCUAGCCCUUUCCUUCGCUUUGAGAACGGAGUGCAAAGGCAACGCUCACACUGGUAUUCCAUGAGUUUUGUUAGGAGCUUCCACAUUUGUUUACAAAUAGGUAAGCCCUGUAGGAGCGAGACUUUGGCCCUCUUGCACCUAACCUAAUGCUUGGUAAAUGUUUGUUCAACAAACAAGGGCAUUUUGAACACAAUCAAGUUAUACUCAAUAAGUCUGUUUGCACUUUUCUACCCGGAGGAGAGGUUUUCAGAACAACCACUCCAUGGGGUGCUUUCUUGAUAUACAUUGCUAGGACCCUACUUAAGGAUAUUGGGAUUAAGGAUAUUUUAAGGAGUGGCUUCCCAGGUGGCUUUUAAGGACUUUGCGGGACAAACAACUCAGGUCUAGGGUACACCUACAUUUUGCCAGGCCUAACUCCCAACCAUAUUUAUCAGAUCUCUUCUUUACAAAAUUAUCUACUCUCCGUUCCCUGAGCCUGUUGCAUCUGAUAGUCUACCACAUGCUUUGCCCCUCGCUCUUGUGCUGUGGGCGCUGGGGGGUGGAGUCAAAUGAUGAAGUCAGAUGAUUUCCCUGAGGAUUUAAACUGGAGAGCAGAAGUCUUGAGACAGUCUGCAGGUAGUGGAUGCUAAAAUCAGAAGGCUUCUUUUUUUUUUUUGGUUCUUUUUUUUUUUUUUUUUUUUUCCGGAGCUGGGGACUGAACCCAGGGCCUUGCGCUUCCUAGGUAAGCUCUCUACCACUGAGCUAAAUCCCCAGCUCCCAGAAGGCUUCAAGAACUAUUCACUGGGAAGCCAUGUGUGACCAUAAGUGAGCCGAUCUGCAGGGAGGAGAGGAGAGUGGCUGUAUUGGCAAGAAGCAAGAAAUACCUUGUGCUGGAGGGAGGGAAAGGAAAGAGGAAUUGCAUGUAGGCUUCCCCAGUUCCGUGCAAUCAGCUCAGCUGCCUGCUGUGGGGCUCCAUCUUGUGCCUGCUUUUUUUUUGUUUUUUUGUUUUUUGUUUUUUUUUCUAGAACCAGUUGAUAUUACCUUGGACCGGAGGGCCCCCUUUCCAGGCCUUCCUCAAGUCUUUGCACCUACAGCAAGGUCUCUCUUAGUAUCUACUUAGUUAUCAAUGCUUUGAGGGACUACCAGCUGUUCUAUUAAGAACCGUGAAGGAGGAACGGAGGCCUACACUGACUUGGGUUGACUGUCUCAGAACUCAAGUCUUUUGGUUCCUAUAUCCAGACGGGGUCUGGAGUGGUCCCAUCAAGUCACCAAUCAGAAAAUAGAUGCUGCUGGGCAGCGGUGGCAUAAGACUUUAAUCCUAGUACUCGGGAAGCAGAGGCAGGUGACUCUCUGUGAGUCUGAGGCCAGCUUCAAUCUACAGAGUGAGUUCCAGGACAGCCAGAGCUACACAGAGAAACCCCGUCUGGGGCUUGGGGAGGCUGGGGCAAAACAAAACCAAAAACUGAAUCCCAAAACAAUAAAACAACAACAAAACGAAAGAAAGGAAAGAAAUGUUUUCUAACGUGAGUUCUGGGUCUGAGAUAGGAGUCUGUGGUCAAAUAUCUGUUCAAAACAAUAGUUUAAGUUAUUUGGCUUGCCUGAGGUUUCUUGGCACCCAAGAUAUAACGGUAUGUUUGGAAGGCACACCAGGAAAAUUGAGCACGAGGCUAUUCCUACAGGAAUUUGGCCCCUGAAUGCUAAUGACAAGGAUACCUGUCCCUGAGCCAGAGAUCUGUGGAAUCACAGUUGGAGGAGGGCACAGGAAGCUCUCUCUGGCUUACAGCAAAGGUCUGGUUGGGCCCAUUUCAGAUCAGCAGGCAGGCAGACCCGUGGACCUUGCACAUCAGACAAGGUCUGCCUACCUUAUCGGCCUACCGUUCUCUCUUUAGGACAGCACCACCUGACAUUUCUUAGCAUGUUUCUAAUGGAAAGGGAAAAAAAAAAAUCAGAUAUCGAGUCAUACUCUGUUUGUCGUGCCUUUUCCGCCUCCUGCCUGAGGUAGAGGUUUGUCAGCACAGUCAUCCCGGGGGGGGGUCUCUUUUGAUGUGUACAUCUAGGACCCCCAUCUUAGGGUAUUGGGACUGAGGUUGGCUUUCCAGAUGUUUCUCAUAUGCUUCUCCAGACAAGCUAGCUACUCGGUUUGUGGAUGUAAGAAACCAAAAACCCUCAGAGAGAAAGGAAAGAAAAGGCCAGCUCCUUAAAGGUGGCUUCCCUCACUCACUGUGCUCCUCCCUCUCCUGAUGGCUUCUUAGAACCUAAACUUGUUAUGUGUGUUUAAUUUUCGCUGAUUUGGCAUGACCAGGCCACAUACUAGGAGGCUAACAGUUGGCACUGCACCGAGUCUUAGGAAUGACAUAGUUCAGGCAUAAUCACCUUCAUUUUGAACAUAGGAAACUCACAUUCCUGCUUUUUGAACCUAGGAAGAAGGACUGGGUUGGAAAUAAUGUGCCCGGCCUACUUUAUGUAAAGAGAUGCCUAGGUAGUGUGUGAGGGGCUUUGGGAGGGCUAGCAGCCCAAGACAGCCUGAAGAGUACAAAUUCUCUAAGGUGGGUUCUGACCUGAUUCCUUUGAUGGGGAUUAAGCAUUGUCAAGUGACAUGCUGUUAUAGGAGGGGGACCUGCCCUAGCUGAGCCACAGGUGACUGACCUUGUCCUGGUUUUGGUUACUGGUAGUGCGCCUUAGAAUCACUGGUGUGAGACUCUAGAGAUGAUCUAAUGUGCCCGCCACCCGGUACCUUCUGCUUAGUCACAAGAUGUGCUCAGUAACAUAGAAGGUGGUGCUGGAUGACCUCAGGCUACCUUGGGCUUCUCCAAGUCUUCUGGGUGUUUGGCAAGUAUCGAAGUCUGUGAGUCUGAAUUGCCGUGGAUUUCCUGCCGCCUGCCUAAUCUUGAAGUUUUGUUAAGUGGAGGAUUUAAUCUCAGAUUGGUUUGGGGUUUUCUUGUUCUUUUGAAACAAACUUCUCAGAAGCGCGUGGUAUUUCUCUCUGUCUCCCUGUCUGUUUAUGAUAAAAGUUCCUGCCCGGCUGGGUUGCUCAGUUCACAGAUAGCUCUUCAUAGCUGUCCACUUUUCUGGUGGGCGUGGGAGGAUGGCUUUGGGCUUCUCAGUAGAACCUGCUUGCCUAGCUACCUGGGAGUGGUGCGCAAUCCUAUUUUUAUUUAUGUCACCAGCAGGGUGUCCUAUUGGACUCUACUUUCAUCCUCACCAAAGACAGCCUGCUGUUGUGCCUUGAGCAGUGGGUGGCCAUUCUCUAGAGGUGUCUGGAGACUGGGAGAAGUGGCUGCACUAUUGGGGGAUGGGGGGUGGGGAUUAUCGUUUUAGUUGAUGAAACUCAAAAUGGUGAAGGAUGGAGACUUAUUUUCUUUCCAGAUGUAGAAGUCGGAUGGGGACCUUAGUCCAGCCCACUGGGGUGAACCCACUGACGUUGCCUUUGGGGUUCACCUCUCCCUCGGUAGUUGCAGCCAUCCUCCUGUCCUCCUAAACCAAGACAACCUAGGCUGGGGAUCAGUUUUUCCGUCCCAGGCAAGAGGUGCAUGGUGGAGGAGGACUGGACCCGCCUCUGGAGUGCUGCAGUAGUAGUUGGAGCGAAGUGGAAUCUUCUCUCCUCACCCUCAGAAGCCUCGCUCGCGUCGUAAUUCUUUUUAUUUUUACUUUCGAGCCUUGUAAGGCAGGCGGCCGGGGUAAAAGCGCUGCGGCGACACGUUGCCAGCUGCGCAGCACCGCCCGUGUGGCCUGAAGCAGGGGAGGGGGCCGGCCACGCGCCACCUGCCCGGCUCCCCUGGGGUUCCCGGGUGCUGCAUAGGAGCCCGGGGACCCAGCCUGGCCAAAGGGCCUCCCUGCGGACCCGCGCCGCAGCCCGGGGUCGCCCAGCCCACGUUUUCCGUCUCUCCGGCUCCCUCCGCCCCUCCCUCCCCGCGCUUCCCCUCCUCCUGCCUGGUCAUGUGUCGCCUUUUUUUGUUUGCAGUGGAAACAAUUUCUCGCAGCUCGGCGCGCCCCGGCCCCGACGCGCCGCAGCGGAGGCGAGCGGGAGGCGGGACGGGGCGUGGAGAGCGGCGGGGCCGGCGGGAGGACACGGCGCCCGCGGACGCUCGCUCGGGGCCCAUGCCGCGCCGCUCCCCUCACCCCUGCCGCCCGCAUCCGCGGCCGCCCCCCGACGCCCGCCCAGGGCUCGAGCGUCCGCUGCGGGACCCCGAGCGAUGCCCGCUGGGCGCCAGCGAAACUUUGUCGGCUGCGCUGAAGGCAGCGGCGGCCCCGCGCCGCGCUCGGCCAGGUCACAGGGAGCGACUGUGGACCCAGGGAGGAGCCUCUGUGUGAAAUCGCUGAUUCCUUUUACGGAGCCUUCACGUAAAUGGGUCCAGUCAUGCCUGCCAGUAAGAAGCCCGAGAGCUCAGGAAUCAGUGUGUCCAGUGGACUGAGUCAGCGGUACCGGGGCAGUGGUUUCUCCAAGGCCCUCCAGGAAGAUGAUGAUCUCGACUUCCCUCUGCCUGACAUCAGAUUAGAAGAGGGGACCAUGGAAGAUGAAGAGCUGACCAACCUGAACUGGUUGCACGAGAGCAAAAACUUACUGAAGAGCUUUGGGGAGUCGGUCCUGAGGAGUGUCAGUCCCGUGCAGGACCUGGACGAUGAUACCCCGCCGUCCCCCGCCCACUCGGACAUGCCCUACGAUGCCAGGCAGAACCCCAACUGCAAGCCCCCCUACUCUUUUAGCUGCCUCAUAUUCAUGGCCAUUGAGGACUCUCCAACCAAGCGCCUGCCAGUGAAGGAUAUCUACAACUGGAUCUUAGAACAUUUCCCGUAUUUUGCAAAUGCACCUACUGGGUGGAAGAACUCAGUGAGACAUAAUUUGUCCCUGAAUAAGUGUUUCAAGAAAGUGGACAAAGAGAGGAGUCAGAGUAUUGGGAAAGGAUCAUUGUGGUGCAUAGACCCAGAGUAUAGACAAAAUCUAAUUCAGGCUUUGAAAAAGACACCGUACCACCCACCUCCUACUCCUCAGGCUUAUCAAAGCACAUCAGGUCCACCCAUCUGGCCGGGUAGUACCUUCUUCAAGAGAAAUGGAGCCCUUCUGCAAGAUCCUGACAUUGAUGCUGCCAGUGCCAUGAUGCUUUUGAAUUCUCCCCCUGAGAUACAAGCAGGUUUUUCUCCAGGAGUGAUACAAAAUGGAGCGAGGGUUCUGAGCCGAGGGCUGUUUCCUGGUGCCCGCCCGUUGCCAAUCACUCCCAUUGGGAUGACGGCAGCCAUAAGGAAUAGCAUCACCAGUUGCCGGGUGCGGACUGAGAGCGAGCCGCCAUGUGGCUCCCCAGUGGUCAGUGGGGACCCCAAGGAGGACCACAACUACAGUAGUGCCAAGUCCUCCAAUGCCCGGAGCACCUCUCCCACCAGCGACUCCAUCUCCUCCUCCUCCUCCUCAGCCGACGACCACUACGAGUUUGCCACGAAGGGGAGCCAGGAGGGCAGUGAGGGAAGCUUCCAGAGCCAUGAGAGCCACAGCGAACCAGAGGAGGACGACAGGAAACCCAGCCAGAAGGAGGGCAAGGACGCCCUGGGGGACAGCGGAUACGCAUCCCAGCACAGGAAGCGCCAGCACUUGGCCAAGGCCAGGAAAGUCCCCAGCGACACACUGCCCCUCAAAAAGAGACGCACGGAGAAGCCGCCCGAGAGCGACGAUGAGGAGAUGAAGGAGGCGGCCGGUUCGCUCCUGCACUUGGCAGGGAUUCGGUCCUGUUUGAACAACAUCACCAAUCGGACGGCCAAGGGGCAGAAAGAACAAAAGGAAACCGCAAAAAAUUGAAACAAGUCUCUGAUUUGUUUUGAACUUACGGCCAUUUGGUUUCAGCAUGUCAGGAGAUUUCUAAUGAUUUGUGGCAAUAUCAGCAAUUUUUUUCUUUUUCUUUUUUCCUUUUGUUGGUUUGGUUUUCUUUACUUUCUUUCCUUUUUUUUUUUUAAUUUGCCCCCCACUCCUUUGUUUUUGGACCCUUAAGAAUUUUCUGUUUAAAGGAGAUUGAAGCCAUAGAAACUCAUAUCGACACUCAGCCGUUUUACAAAAGCUUUUCUUUAUCUGAACACAAAAACCGAAAAACAAAAAGCCAAAAUUAACCAUUGCUUCCUGCAGCCUGUCAGACCUGUGCUUAAACCCACAGGGAUGUUCGUGUCAAUGCCACAGGAACGAGGCACGCAAUCACCACCGCUCAGCCCAACCCUUAGGUUUAACAAGUCAGUUGAGCUUGGAGUGAGGCUGAGAAGCAUUUGCAGAGACUGAAGAGCCCAGGUCCCCUAGAAACAGAUUAUCCCCAGGCUCUGGCCCUGGCAUCCCACCUUACCAGAAGCGCCAUCGCCAUUGCCCUGUGGCAAGCCGGGGGCCUGCCUGCCCGUCCUCUGCACUUCCCAGCCUUGAGCCUGGUAACAUCUCCCAGGUUGGACACCAGACUGUUCAGCUGGAUUAGGUGUCAGUGACUGGAAAGGGAAAGCAGGGAUUGUUAGAGCCAUCGAUAACCACUGAGUUCUGCUCUAUGUUAAAUCAAGAAGACGUUCCAAAAGCCAUAAGCCUGAAGGUUGGUCCUGUGUACACACACACACACACACACACACACACACACACACACACGACUUAAGGUGAUGUAGAAAACACGCUGUGCCCUCUUAACUGCACAAGGAAAAGCAAUCGGGCCCAAGAAAUGACAGUAGCUGUUAAGAAAGGAAAAUGGUGCAGAUUUUUUCCUUCUAUAUAAUCUGAUCCAAGUUGGGGGUGGGGGGUGCUACAGAAACUGCCAUUAGUAUUAUGGUGUCUUUUCUUGAGGUUAAAGGCACGUUUGGUGGACUCAAAAAACAAAAACAUGGCAACAAUACAACUCCUGCACUGUCCUCAAAAAUUAAUAUCAGUACUCAUUUUUGCAACAAAAAAGACCAGUGAUUUUCACAUUCAGCCAGUGUAGCCAGCAGAAAUUUCUGAUCCACAAUGCAUGGAUUCCUUUGAAGAAACGAAAAAAGGAAAAAAAAAGAAAAAGAAAAAAAAAUCACAAAAACAAACUUUUUUUUAUUCAGAAAUAACAAAGUUCUUGUAAGGUAAAUGAUGUAUUUAGCAUGAAGCAUGAAUUAUUUUCAUAUAAAUAUAGAGAAUAGAGAGAAGACUAUGCCUCUAAUUUUUAAGCCCUUAAGCUUAGAGGCCCUUUGUUCUUUUUUUUUUCCUCCCUUUUUCUUUCUUUUUUUUCCCCCUUUUUCUUUCUUUCUUUCUUCUUUUUUUGUUGUCGUUAUUAUUUUGUUUGGUUUUUUGAAGCAGGUGUUUAAGGUUUAACCUUCUUCAGGGACAAAUUCUGACUGAUGGGGAGCUUACUCUGCAAUAUCAACUAUCUUCAUGCUCUGGUAGGGGCUUGGGUGGCUGAGCUCUAUACUGCCUUGUCUACACUCAGCCCCGACCCCUCUGAUUCUCUACUGAAGAGUGUGUCCUUCCCUUUGUCUGUAUGUGUUUAACAUGACGCAAUAAUUCGAGGGCAAACUUAGUGUGUACGAUAGAAUCAAGAGAGUUGUGGGACGCUUACUUGAGGAAAAUCAUUACCGUGAUUUGGUUCUAGGAAAAAGGCAGUGAAUAAUUAUGCAAAUUCGCCAGAGGAAGGGGAAACAUGCUAAUGGGCCUUACUGGGUGAGGGUAAGAGAUGGGUACUUGGGUAGGAGGAAGUAAGUGAUCGAGGGGUUGGAUGGAGCAGCCCUGAGCCUUCCACAGCGACGGUCUGAUGUCGCAGCAAGACGGGGGCUGGCCAUCUCUGCCACUUCAACACAGUGACCACCUUGGGACUAAGACCACCUAAAUAGUGAGAGCUGAGUAACAACCAAACCACGUCACAGAAGCCAGAAACUUCAGUUACCUUUGCCAAAAAAAAAAAAAAAAAAAAAAAAGUUUUUCCUUGAGGUCUAAGAGAAAUCCCUAAAACAGUAUGGCCUCCUGUCCAAAUGGAGGGAACUUUUAAAAGCAAAAACACUUCCCUGGCUCAGGGUGUGAUGUUUGGGAGAUGGGGGAAACUAAAGUGACCUUGAACUCUUGAAACAGGGCAGUGGUGGGCCUUUAAAGCUAUGCCCACGUGUCAGCACCAGGUACCAUGGUAACCUCGGCAACCCAGAAGGUUAUCUGGUGCGUUUCCCCCUACCUAACCUGAGGGCAGCUUUGGGUGGGGGGGGGGCUCCCACUUUAGGGCAGGCUAGAUUUACCCUCACAUGGCCCUCAGCCUGGACUCUCUCAGCAUGGGGGUUCAGGGUCAGAUGAGAGCACAGGUUGUGUUCUCCACAAACCUCUGACACCCUACAAGCCAUCCACAGCUCUGGAACCCUGAGCCACAAAUUGAUUUCUACUGUCCCCUUUACCAAGUCCAAAAGACUCCCGCCCCCACCCCCAAGAUGUUCAAACUCAGACGUGAGGGUAAAGGUGAGCACUCAGCACUGUUUCUGGCGGGGACUUCUUCCGACGGAAACCCCACGCGGGCUGUCUCCCCUCAGUUCAUUGUUCUCAGAAGGGGCUGAGGCCUCUUUCAGAGAUAACAAGAUGCAGUGUGUGUGUGAUUUACUUUUCUGAUCUCGCCGAGAUCUGGAAAACUAUCUUAUACAAGUGCGUUCUGAACCCCAGAACCACUCCGUUUGCAUAAAUACCUCAUCGGGCAGCUUUGUAAGUGUUAUUUUCCCGAGCCUCCCCUUGGCACCUUUGUUGGAAUUUUCUGGAAGACUUGUUGGGGAAACUUUAGUAAGGGUACUUUUUUCUAUUUUCCUCCUGUUUUGGGCGGCACGUUCAUUGUGCGUAACCAAAACAACGGCUCAAUUGUGUUUAACUCUGUAUUUUGACUGUUGAGGCGAAAACAAAAUCAUCAAUGUGUAUGUGGCUGUUUGUAGCGAAGUCUGCCGAAUGAGGCGGCCCAUGUCCUUAACAAGCCAAGGGGCAGGAGGCGCCCUCUCUUCCCCCUCCCCCAAGAGCAGUAGAGAAUUUAAGCACAAGCCUAUUUGUGAAAGAAUAUUUUGCUUAAGUGUAAUUCACUUUAGUGUUGGACUUCCUUCCCAAACGUCAGGUGUUCUUUUAGCUUUCAAACUAGCCUGUGUAUCCAUUAGAAGGACAGAUCGCCUGAGCAUCGUGAAAGGGAUGCGGUGUUGUUGCUGUUUUCUUUUUUUUUUCCUUGCAUUUCUCCUGUGGGGAGAAGUGGCGGUUCAUGUGUCAUUCCAGUAUCUCACGUACUCACAUGGGGUGGGGGGAGGGGGAGGGGGAACUAUAGCAAUAUUUACAGAUGCUUUGGGGACACAUCAGCACCGCGACAUUACAACUACUGGCUGUCGGCCCUCGGACACAUUUAAGAGAAGAGAGAGGCUCGCUUUCUUUUCUCAGGUGAUACAUCGACAUUUUUGUAUCCCGCUCCUGGCAGUCUUUCCUCGUUCUCUAGUACUUUUUGGAAAGGGUCUGCACCGUAGAUUUUCUUUCUAACACAUCACCAAGCUCCUACUUCCCUCUGCAUCUCCAGUCAGUAUGUUCGUUCUUCAAGAGUUCUUUUGGUAAAGCUGGCUGUCCGAAACUAACGCUGAACCAAACCCACAUGUGGAUUGUGGCAUGAGGAAACCAUGGUCAGGAUGACUGGGGCAGGUCUCCAUCUUGGGGCUGAGCCUUUUAAGAGGGAAUGGGUUGGUGCCCUUUCCCGAGAACAGGUUUUUCUUGUACAGUCAUUAGCAUGUCUAGUGCUUCCUGUUCAUAGCAGUUCCAACACGGGGCUUUCUAGAAGGACUGUUGCGUCCAGUGGGGCCCAAGCAAGAGAAGGGGUGGUUUGGGUGCCUAGAGGCCCAACACAGCAGGCCAAUGUACAACGCCCCAAGCCACCAAUUUGGGUUUUAUUGAUGCCACUCCAACCUCUGGACUCUCCCUGGAAGGGAGAGGGUCCUGACAUGAUGCCAGAGUUAGGGACAAGUGCUCAGAAUGGGAAGUUUUCCCAUAUAUGGGAUUAGACUAAAUUCAAUGUGAUUUCUUUUUCCCCUUGCAAAUCCUAUUCAGGUUGGGACUCAUUUCUUUCUGGUGGAUCACAGCUGCCCAGAUGUGUAGAUUGGUUUCUGUGUCCUGUAGACAAGUCCUUUUCUCUCAUCUUCAGCAGGGUUUUUUAUUUCGUUUUUUUGCCACCAAAAGAAAACAUCGGAACAUACGUCCCCUCUUAGUUGUGACUUUGCAUUGUUGACAGUUCAGUUCUCUGUGUUGUAGGUCCCAGCCCACCAGUACUCUAUCAAACACUGUUAGGCACAUGAUGCAGCACUGUGAUCUAAUUUAAAUAAUACUUUUUUAUUAUUUAUACUACUAUAUAUAAUAUACAUCAACACUUUUGCUAUAUAACCUAAGUGAUAAACCCUUUUUUUGGUUACCUGUCAGACUCUAGACUUUGGUCCCUAUUGCAGUUAACACAGUUACAGAAUUGUAAUGGUGUCUUGUUUUAUUUUUUUGUUUUUGUUUCUUUUCCUUCUUUUCCCUUUGUAACGGAAUGUGUAAAUCAAAGUAUAUACAUUGUGUGUUGUUCCUGUUUCUUGGGAUGUCAUGAGGAGUUACACACAGCAUUCAGUGUUCUGUAUAGACCUGCCCACCUUCGUGAAUUCAUCUGUUAACUCCUCCUCCUCUGAGAGCGCGCCAGCCACGGUGGCUAACUCCCAGCGUCCUCUCUCCUGCUGGCUAUUCUUGAAUUAAGCACAGACUCGUCCACUCGGUUGCUUUAUCAUGAAUAAUGGGCGUGACUUGGUCACUCUUCUACCCUUCAGCAAACAAGUGCUAGCUUCUUCGCUGACCAAAAAUUAAGGAAGGAAAACACCAUUUUCAAAACGAUCCACCUUUUCACGGCCGAGACGGAUGUUAGUCUACGGUGCUGCCUCGCGCUGUCGAGCCUCUGGAAUGAGCCCGCUGUGGAAUGACCAUUUCUGACUUGCUAUGGGAUGCUCACAAGUACCCUUCCUGUCUCGUUAGUAUUGGAAUCAAGACUCAUUAUUUGGAAUCUAUACAGCAGUGUUCCUCCACUGUGUUUCAUUUGCAAAAGUAGAGAACAUGCCUUCUCCACCCUUUUGCAAAUAAAUGAUACUCCAUAUUGGAUUCUCAAAAGACUUCGAUAUGGUGAUCCUGUCAAACCUAGAAAUUGUAUUAUCUUUUCAUACCUGACUUCCCCCACUUCUCCUGUUUUAGAGGAAACAGCACACUUUCAGUUACGGACACAGUCUCCAUUUCUAGAGUAUGUGUGUUGCAGCCAUCCAAGGUCAUAGCUGGCUCAGCCAGACUCAUGCCAUUGUUCUCACUGCCUGUCCUACCAUGGUGCACAUGGGGAGGGAAGAAGAAUGUGCGUCUGGGAAACAGCUACAUAGACUUUUUGUUUUUUUACUACUCUGAUUCUGUAACACUUCUGAGUUUUGUUCUAAUUUUACAGAAAACAAACAAGACCACAAUGAUAAAGCAGAAGCCCACAAGGUUUGUGGCUGAAUCUUAGAGUCACCCGACCUUUCCUGGCCAACAGGUCUACAUGGCCAAAUUUAUUUACAAGAGUAAUAAUUUCUUCAGAAGCCAAUUUUUUUUCUGUAUUUCUGUACAAAACUGCCAAUAUCAUGAACAGAAGGGGAGAACCGUAAAGGAGAAAGCAAGUGAUGUUCGGUGGCGUUUGCAUUAGCCUAAAGCAGCGGUGUGACGAUGACUCCAUCAGCCGAGCUCCAGGGACUUGGUGUUGCUUGGGAGGGAUCCAUACAGCAUUUUGCGUUCUUCAUGUGUAAUCAUAUUGCCAAAGACAAACUACUUCAUCAUUUAUUGUAAAUAACACUUCCCCAGACCUACCAUAAAGUUUCUGUGAUGUAUUGUCUUCCAGUUGCAAUAAAAAUGACUGAGUUGCAUCAAUUGAA